AAUAUCCUACUCGGUGUUGAAGAGUCGACCAGCACAGAAGCACUCCACCAAGCAUGUCGAGAUGCCGAGAUCCACGACUUCAUCAUGUCAUUGCCCGAAGGCUACCAAACGGACGUGGGAAGCAAGGGAAUCGCACUCUCAGGAGGACAAAAGCAACGCCUUGCCAUCGCCAGAGCCCUGAUCCGUGAUCCCAAGAUCCUUCUACUAGACGAAGCGACCUCGAGUCUCGACUCCGAGAGCGAGAAGUUGGUCCAAGCUGCAUUCGAGCGUGCGGGCAAGGGGAGAACUAUGGUCGUUGUCGCGCAUCGGCUGGCGACUGUCCAGAAUGCGGACGUCAUCUUCGUGCUUGGUGAGGGCAAGGUUUUAGAGACUGGUGACCAUAACCAACUCUUGAGGAAACGAGGGGUGUAUUAUCAGAUGGUGAGUCUUGCUCCUGUGAUUCUUCUUGAGUGA